AAAGAAAAAUUUAAUACUUUUCUACACACUGGUUUUGUGAUAUAUAGGCAAGCAGACUAUAAAUGUAGCAAUGUAUACUGGCUGCAGCGUUAUAUCGCACCGUAAGAAUAGUUGCAGCGGCGUUCCGCUCGCUGCCUAUAGUCGCCAUUGUUUCUUAAAGUGAGCAAAUGAAUAAACGAACAAAGAGACUAAAAUUAAUAUACAAUAGUGAAUAUUGUAUUUCCUUAUCAAUAGAAACUGAUUAAAAAUUAGGAAUAAUAAAUAGCAUGUUCUAUGCUUUAAAUUUUAUGUUAUUUUCUUAUUUACUUGUGUAGAAUUAAAAAAAUCGACAAAAGAAUUUAGAAAUCGCAUUUUGAAGAUAAAAAAUACAUUCAAUAUUUAUUUCUUAAUGUGAUGCUUUCAUAAUUUCUGCAGUGAUAAUAAUGGUGCUAAGUGUUCUUCCAUGCUAGAAUCAGUGAAAGAAAAAUCUUCAUUAAUAGACAAUCCAAUUAUAUUUAAUGCGUUUCUUUGAUUGCUGAUUAAUUGAAUUAAUUGUUGCAGGAAAAACUUUUAACAAUUAAAAAAGUCAAAAUUUCAUUUCUUGCAGUCAUUCUUUAUUUUUUCUUUUUUAAAAAUUAUUGUUUAUAUAGUGUUACAAAUUUUGUAAUUGUUAAUUAUUUAUUAUUAUUAUAUUAUAAUCUGCUUGAAGCAAAUUCGAAAAAUAUUUUUAUAUCUAAAAAUUGAAUUUUGUGGAACAUUAUGUGAUACUUUCUAGAUCUUACUAUUUGUUUCUUCCAUCAUUUUCGUUUGUGAUGAUCAAUAUAAAAAGAAUGCAAGAAUUUUUUUUAUAUCAAGAAAAACGUCUUUGCUAUAUGGCAACAAUGUUAAUAUUGUUGCUAUUAUAUCUAAGUGAUGUACAUCUUGCAAAUGGCUUAUGCGAGUUUCCCAUUGCAUGGACUGGAGAAUGGUAUCAAUAUGGAAAACCGGUAUCAAUUACUGUAAAUGCAACAUUUUUGGGUGAAAGAAUGUGUGUAGAACGAUCAGAACAUUCUUAUAUUGUAUACGGUGAUAAUUGUUAUUAUUGUAUAAUUGUUAAUGAUCGACAUGAGAAUGUGAUUCAAUUUCGUGAAGGAUGGUGCAAUUCUGAACAAACCACUUUGGAUGAUAUGUGCUCAAAUACAAUUAAAUCCGAUGAUACUUUAUAUUCAAUGUUUCGUGUUAAUUCUAAACCAAUACCUUGCCCUUUCAGUGGACCAUCAUUUACAUUUACCUAUGAUAAAGGUUUUGGUGAAUGUGCAAUGCCUAUUAGUCUUGGAGAAAAAUGCACCGAUGAAAGUAAAUUACUUCUUAAAUAUCAGGCUUGUCCGGAUAUUGAACGAAGUGAGAGUAACACGGAAGAAUUACAAUGUCUUGCUGUAUGGAACGAUGGUCGUAAUAAAUAUCUUGUUGGAACGUUGAAAGGAAGAAGUAUAUCGGGUGCUGAAAAAACAUAUAGAUGUUUUUUAUAUGAAGAAAAAACACAUCAUCAGGGGAAAGUAGUUUAUUUACUCGCUCAAUCAGGCGAGCCAACUUGUAAUGGCUUAACUACUGUUUCUGAAGGAUCACCAACUAUAAAACUUACAAAAGUUGAUAAAGAACAUAACAGAUGCAAAUAUCCUUCAUGGAUUACUGAACAUCAUGACUGGCGUUCUUUAGAUGGUUCUAAAAUUUAUCAUUUCACAAAUAAAAAUGCAACACUUAAAAUUAAAAUACAAAAAGUUGAUGGAGAUAUGUUUCACGAAGAAAAGAUUGUCUGUCAUAAUUUAGAAAAACUAUAUCCGACAGAAAAUUCACAAGGUCAUAAAGUAAAGUUAAUUGCUCAUGUUACUAGUGGAUGUGAUAUUGGUUAUGUUUGUAUGAUAUUUCACAAAAGAGAUCAACAUAUUAUAGAGUUACAGCAAUCAAAUCAAAAAGCUAUAAUGCCAGAUGAAGCAUGUUCUCUUAUAGAUACAUCUACAAUGCCAUAUACCACUUUAAUAAGUAAGUAACUUGAAAUUUAAAAGAGUAUAUCUGUUAAAAUCAUGUUUUAAGGUAUUCAAAAGUGAAAUUUCUUUUUUUUAUAAA